GUUCACAGCAAUGGUGUCCAGUUCAGCCAACCGCCAGACGUUCAUCAGCAGCGUUAUCAAGUUCCUGAGACAGUACCAGUUUGACGGCCUGGACAUUGACUGGGAGUAUCCCGGAUCCAGAGGCUCCCCACCUGCAGACAAGGCCAGAUUCACCACCUUGCUGCAGGAGCUGAUGGCUGCCUUUGAGGCUGAAGGAAAGAACACCAACCGUCCUCGUCUGAUGCUGACUGCAGCUGUUUCUGCCGGAAAGGGAACCAUCGACUCCGGAUACCAGAUCGCCGAGAUUGGAUCGGUGUUGGACUAUCUGCAUGUGAUGACCUAUGACUUUCAUGGAUCUUGGGAACACAGCACUGGAGAAAACAGCCCUCUGUACAGAGGACCAGCUGAUCAGGGAGAUUACAUCUACUUCGAUGUGGACUAUGCUAUGAAGUACUGGAAGAGCAGUGGUGCCCCCGCUGAGAAGCUCCUGGUUGGAUUCCCCACCUACGGCCACACCUUCCAGUUGGCCAGUGGCUCUAACACUGGAGUGGGCGCCCCCGCCAAUGGCCCCGGCCCGGCCGGACCAUUCACCAGACAGUCUGGCUUCCUGGCCUACUACGAGAUCUGCACCUUACUGAAGCAGGGAGCUACCCAGGCCUGGGACUCUGCCCAGAUGGUGCCCUAUGCCUACACCCAGCAGAACAUCUGGGUUGGAUAUGACAACGUCAAGAGUUUCCAGGACAAGAUCGCGUGGCUGAAGAAAACUGGCUUCGGGGGAGCCAUGGUUUGGAGUCUGGAUCUGGAUGACUUCUCUGGAACCUUCUGUGGACAAGGCAGAUACCCACUGAUCAACACCCUCAAGUCUGGACUGGGAACCGGAGCCGCUUGCGCCGCGCGUACGGUUCCCAUCGCCCCAGUGACCCCUACCCAGCACCCACUUAACCCCCCACAGCCCGGCGGUCAAGGUGGCAGCAGCAGCGGUGGCAGCAGUGGCGGUGGCAGUAGUAGCAGCGGAUCUGGUUUCUGCGCCGGGAAGGCUGACGGAAUAUACCCUGACCCCACCAAUUCCAACCACUUCUACAAUUGUAGCCAGGGCAAGACCUACGACCAGCAGUGUGCUGCCGGUCUGGUGUUCGACGCCAGCUGCAAGUGCUGCAACUGGGCCUAAGAAACCAUAGUUCCCCUUAUUAAUGAAGGAGCUGGGUCUGAAGGUUAUGUGGUUGCUAGGGCCACUGUUUUCCUAUUCUAACAUCAGCUCCAUGUAACAUGUCAAAUCCACUCUAAUAAACUCCCAACAUAUG